ACACAUAAACCAUCCGUUCCUCUACACUACGUUCACGGUCCCAGAUCACAGUUUAUGCUGUAAUCUCAUAUAAUCUAUCAAGAACACCAAACUUUUCUUACUCCACAAAAGACCUAUUUAGAGACAAGCGGGGGCCUGUGCAACGAUAAAAGUAGUUUGAUAUAAUUUCGGAGAGUCUUGUCUUGGACUUAAUGGCACUUCUACCCGAGCACAAAGAAUGUCUCGAAUCUAACAACCACUAGCAUCACGACUUGUGGUAAGCAGUGCGGCCCUUUCAUGCCUCAAUAGAAGCUUACAGGAGCAUUCCAUAACUGCAUUAAGGGAUCGAACAAUUAUCCCAACUGAGAAUCCUUUCAAAGGAUCAGCAAGACUCCCCCUCCUUUUUCUUUUCUACUCCCCCAUCAGAUCCCGUCGCUCUGUUAAUCAGUCUCCCCGGUGCCCGUGCGCUGUACCGGUACUAUUACUGUACUAUGCGCGGGUUAAUGCAAGACAUGUUUCUCAAUGAGUUCCAGCCGUUGUUUAGCUCGCUUUUCUCCCGAGAACUCGAGUCUGCAGUCCGAUUAGAUGUCAGUUGCGUCACGCGUCGAAUUAAACCCGGAUGAACUUACUUAGCAACAGCUAAGUACGGGCUGCGGGACACCAAUCGAUCUCACUCAACCUAAGCGGCAGCUCACCCCCUCCAACCCAGCUGUGAUACCUUCUCCACAUCUAAAGAGAGCAUAGCACUAGCCACCAAUACACCUCUUCUAGCACUACCCUACGCUUCUCAAUCGGCACAUUUUCAUCAUACUCAAGUUCUACCCGGAAUUGUGUAUUCAAACUCUAAUUAUCGUCGUCACUUAUCCGACAGUGACAUUUCUUACGCCCCCCCCGUCCCCUCUCUUUCUCCCCACCCAAUGGACAUCGUCAAUCCCGAAGAGCACGAGGUGUCCCAUGUUCACCGAGUGUAUGAGCAUAUUGCAUCCCAUUUCUCUGCUACCCGUUUCAAAGUACGUGUUGCUUCUAUCUCCAUUUUUUCCAAUAGCCCCCCGCCCCCUCAUUACCAUAUUAUUCCUAAGGCAUUAGAGUAGGUCUUGUCGAUCUGUUUUCUGUCAGUUUUCUCUUUGCUAACUGGUGCGUGGCUUCAGCCCUGGCCGAUCGUGGAGAAGUUUCUCUGUGGUCUGCCGAUCGGCGCUGUCGGUCUGGAUGUAGGGUGUGGGAACGGAAAGUACUGGACAGUCAACCCGGAUAUUUUCAUAGUCGGCUCAGAUAGGUCCGUUAUAGGCACCAAGAGCCCCCCCAGCUACUUUUUUUUCUUUUUCUUCUUUCUUCCAAUUCUAUUCUAUUCCAUCACUGCAAGGAUGUCUGACUCGUGUAAUAUCCACCUGAAGUAACUGACCACUACUAUUGUGCCCCCUAGGUCGUCGUCUUUGAUUGGGAUAGCUCAUAGCCUGGAAAUUCAGGAUUCAAUUGUGGCUGAUGCUUUGGAUCUCCCGCAUCCCGACUCCCGCUUUGACUUCGUUAUUAGUAUAGCGGUCAUACAUCAUUUCUCCUCGCCAGAGAGGAGAUGUCACGCACUCAAGAGCAUCCUUGCUACCUUGAAAGCGUCCAACAAUAGCUCUGAUUGUGGCAGGGCGCUUAUCUACGUAUGGGCCUUAGAGCAAAAGAAUUCUAGGAGAGGCUGGGAUGAGGGGGAUCGGCAAGACGUCCUUGUGCCGUGGGUCAUGUCCAAACAGUUCUCCACCAGUGCGGGGGCAAAAGGGAGUCAGCAGAAUCGCCAGGUUCCGGAUUCACCCAGAGACACACCUGAUAGCAAGGGCCGAGAUACGACGAAUGACGGGGUCGAUGGGCAAGAUGAGGUGAAGGGUAGGGAUAAGGAGCUCACCUAUAUGCGAUAUUAUCAUCUCUAUCGUAAGGGAGAAUUGGAAGCCGACAUCGCUCGUGCCGGAGGCAAGGUCAUGGAAUCUGGUUACGAGAAAGAUAAUUGGUGGGCGAUAUGCGGCCCUGUCAGGUGAGAUGGAGGGGGGGGGGGCGUGACAGAUGAGAAGUGGGAUGUAGAGAUGAGCCCAUUGUGCAUGACAAUCAAAAACAUGUCAUAGCACACCCUCCCAUAGGUCCCUUUUCUCCAACACUUCUGCGUCUUGCCUCAACUUUGUGAAAGCCCUUAAGACACUGUUUCAAACACAGCCCGAAAGAAGGAACCAAAAAAAGGGUAUACGAGGAGAGAAGGCCCCUCGGCAAAGCAGCAAUAGUUUACCUGAAUGAUAGUCGAAUCAUAUACCGAUUUAGCUACCAGCCUUGUCCAGUAUUUCUAUUGGGAGUCGAGUUUUUGAACCUCAUUUCAAAUUUUGGCAUCCGAAAUGCGCGCCCCCACACGACACGUUAUACCAAUGCCAUCAUCCUAUAUUAAUCCUGGUUUGUUCCCCUGUACUUUUGUCAAUUGUCUGAUUGAUUGCUGGACCUAACCGACUAUACUAGGCCCGAGCAAAAAAAAAAAAACUGGUUUUUGAUCAAAGCGAGAUUCUCAUGAUGGCACCAUAAAACUAUUUUUGGUUCACAACGGAUAUGACAUGAUAUGAUAGAAGGUAAGGCGGGCGGGCAGACUGAUCAAAAGAAAGAAGAAAACAAAUAUUGCUCAUUUCUACUCUACUCUAUGCCAUACUCUAGGUCUUUUUAUGCCCAAUGCAAAUGAAAAUGUACCAAAAGCUAAUGCAUGAAGAAAAAAAUGAAAAAAGAAACCCGCAGUGACUUGAGAGUCCCCCAAAAUGGUUUAAAAAAACAAAAGCCAAAAACACGCCAAUAUAAUUUCGCCUUGGAUUCCCUUUGCCGCCGUACCCGCCCGCCAGCCGUUCCCCGAUAUAUCAUAUGAAAUUUAUGACAUAAGAAAUAAAAAAGAGAAUUAAUGAAGAAAAAAAACAGAUCAGGCCAUAUGGGCCUGUAUGUUGAAAACCUCUAGAAAAAAACCAACAGGGAAAGGAAGGGGAAGCAAAAGAGGAGAAAAACAAGGAACUGAAGAGACUGAAAAAGAGAACAAUCUAGUAUCAUAGGACGGAAUAUCUCUAUAUAAAAAAAGAAAAUUAAAUCCCACCGGAAACUCCCGAAUGAAUUCACCAUUUCACCCCACGCAGUGCCGUUACCGCACAGUACAGCGUCAUCGGGAAAUUAUUACCACCACCACUACGCAGC